GUUGUAUGGAAAUAUAUGUACAUACAUAUAUUACAUUGCAUAUACAUACUUAAAAAGGAUUUAUUUUAUAAACAAAGCAAUGCAAAAAAAUAUCAAAUCGUACCUUAUUACCUGGCAACGCUGUUGACAGCUUUUUCAUUUGGCACCUCAAUCGCCAAAAUAGCUGCUAAUGUGCUAAGUUUGUAAACAAAACAACAUUUCAAGGAGAAGCCAAGGAGAGACAACUACCGUAAUUCAUGUGCAAAUGCAUUACACUUUCGUUAUGACAGCGAAGGAGAGUGGACAAACACAACGAGCGCCUUACCGAUAUUCACACUCUAGCACAUACAACAAUCACCACAGCAUCAAUGUUGGCGUGGGGUACUCUCCACACUCACUCCUCAUUUGCUCAGAGUCAAUCAAUUGGAAUUUUUUAUUUGCGGUCGGUCAACGGUGGAAUUGCGCGUCGGUUCGCGUUGCGGGAAAAAUUGUAAAAAACGAGUUAGAAAUUAAUAGUAAAAGUGCAUUUUCAAUUAUUUUGUAAUAUUUAAAAUUAUAUAUGUGAGAGUUGUGCAAAUUAAAUAAAGUCGAUAUUGUGUGAAUAAAAGAAGUUUGUGCGAAAAGUAGUAAGCGAUCUAAGCAAAGCAAGCAAAAAAUUGUGUUGAAGAAAAUCAAAUAGUGCGCAUAGUUAUUAAUUUGUAUUUCUUAUUAAAUAUUGCUUUUAAUGCUGCUAAGAGUGAAGUGUAUGGAAAUCGUGAAGUAAUAGUCAUUUCUAGUGUUGUGGAAAGUUAGUGAAUUAUUUUCUAUUAAAAUGUAAAAGUAAAAUGUUGUGAAGUCAAGCGUUCGUUCUUUCGAUGUUCGUCUGUUGCCGAUUUUUAAUUAACCAACACGGUCGUUCGUAUAAACAAACAAACAAAAAAUAUGAAUCAAGGAGAGUAAUAGUUUUCUGUUGUCAAUUCAAAAGGCAGCUUUAAGCUAUAAAUAAAAAACAACCGGAUAGUCUGAAGAAAAUAUCACCAUGUUAGGCAUGUGGGGGCAUCUACUUCAUCUUAUGACCCACCAAUCCAGUGCGCAUCCAAUUAACUUUGAACUCUUGAAAGACGUUAAAUGAAUUGGCAAUAGUAAAAUAUUAAUGAACGGUAAGUCCGACCAUAAAUAAGAUACCGUUAAUAGUAGCAACAAAAUAAAAGCAGCUACUUAAAAAUGAUUACGUAAGAAACCGCACUUAUAAACGAAGUAAAUGGACAGCAUUUGCUGGCGCAAUAAAAGCAAAGCGAAAAGAAAGCGAAAAAAAGCAACAAAAGCCGCCAACAAAUGCUGUGAACACCGCCGGAAGUUGGUUGCAAUUAAAAAGUGUGCAGCCUAAGACAAAUGAAAAAAACAGUUAUAUGCAACAUUCGCGCUUAUAUCGACGCUUAGACAACUUAGCCACAGCUGAGCGCAAAAUGUCGCUGACCACUUGCGGGCUUACCAAGAGUUGUUGUUGUGCGUGAGUGUAAAAUCGAAACGAAUGUGUAAGCUGAGGAAAAAUGCGUUUGCAGGGCAAUAAACGCCAAAAACUAAAACAACAGCAACAACAACAAUGCAGCAAUAAAAGUAAACACAACAACGAAAACGAAGUCGACGCAGCGAUAAAUCGCCAGCAAAGAGGUAAUAAAAACAGCCAGCAAAGAGAGCAACCACAGCAAGUCAAGCAAUUCAUUGAACGGCAGCCAAGUAUUGAACGUGUGAGAAGGGAAAGGACGCGCUUUGCGGUAGAAGCAGCUGCAGCUAAACUAAGAGAAACUACUUUGGCAGAGCGAAGACACACAGCGAAGCCCACAGUAAACCAACUUUCUACAACUCGGAGUGGUCACCACACACGCACUGUUGCGGCGCCAUCACACUUUCCACAGCCGCUGCUGUACACCGUUCCUCGAUUCCUCAUACUCUUCGUGCUUUGCUGCACGAUGCCGCCGCAAGCGCAUGGCGACUGGUUGAUGGACUGUGGCGACUGCCUGUGUAAAUGGCAGUCGGGCAAAAAGACCGCCGAUUGUAAGAAUCUUACGUUGAACGCCGUGCCGGAGAACCUGAGCAAUGAGGUGCAGGUGCUGGAUCUCUCCUUCAAUCGUGUUGCCAUACUGGAGCAGAAUGCCUUUCUCAACGCUGACUUGCAUAAUCUACACAAGCUCUUCAUGCGUAACGCAUCGCUGCAACAAAUCGACCCGCGCACGUUUACCCAACUCGAGAUCUUGAUCGAAGUGGACCUCUCCAAUAAUUUAUUGCGUAAUCUGCAAGCGAAUGUCUUUGCGCGACUGGUGAAAGUGCGCGCAAUUGUGCUGAAUGGUAAUCUCUUGGAGACGCUCUCUGAUGGUGUCUUCCAGAACCUCAAGUACCUGCAUAAGGUCGAGCUGAAACACAAUCGGCUGAUGCGUAUUGGACAGCAGGCGUUCAACAAUGUACCGCUCCUAUCGCAGAUCUACUUGGAUGGCAAUCGUCUGAGCUUUCUGCGUAAGGAGUCUUUCGAAUCGCUCAAACGACUGACAGCGCUAUCACUCGAUUCGAAUCCGUGGAACUGCACCUGCGAACUGCAAAUAUUCCGUGACUUUGUGCUGAAACGCAAUCUCUACACACCGCCGACGGCCUGUUAUUACCCCAUACACCUGCGUGGCAUGUUGUGGGUCGAAGAUCAGCCCGAGGCUUUUGCGUGUAAACCACGCAUCAUAUUUCCGGCACGCGGUGCUUCCAUCAGCACGUCGAAGGAGAAUGUAACGCUGGUGUGUCGCGUGCAUGCGUCGCCGAAUACACACAUAACCUGGGACUACAACCGCCAACAAUAUCGUUCGUCCACCAGUAAUAUUGCCGGCAACGGCGUUAAUACAGUCACCACCAACAGCGGCGCUAGUUGUUGCGCCAACGGCCAGGCGCAGCGUCUGCAUAUAGAACUGCUGCGCGAUGAGCAAUCGAAGGAGAAGGAGUUCGGACGUGAUGUAUUCAUAUCGCGUCUUACCAUUGUGGCGGCUGAAAAGAGUGAUGAAGGUACGUACACGUGCGCUGCGGAGAAUGCCGGUGGCAAGGAUGCAGUGCAAAUUAAUCUGUUGGUGCAACGGCCGAGUCCGCGCGAGCUGCUGUUGCAAGGCAAUUUAGUCGUUGUUGUUUCACUGAUGGCGCUUGGCCUGCUCGGCGUAUCCGUGUUUCUCGCGCUCGUCACUUGCUGCAUUUAUAAGCGCUUUAAGGCAAUGAGUCCCACAAGUCAUCGGCAUCAUCAUCAUCAUCUUGAUGGCGCAGACCAAUUGACGCCCGGCAUGGAUGGUCAGCAUACGACGACGACUACGGUGACCGGUGGCACUGAUGUGGUGCUCGGCCUGGAUGAUACAGUAGGUAGUUAUAAACAUCAUUUGCAGAAGAAGAAUGCGAAUGGUGAUGUAGUUGAAGGAAAAGGUGGUGGUGGUGGUGGCGUAGGUAGUGGCAAAUACUCGGAGGUGAUAAAACAUGGCGUGACUGUGAUGGAUAAUGGCGGCGUGCUGUCAGGCGCCGGCGGCCGUAAUGUUGGAGUGGAUGGCACUGGUGCGCACAGAAGUGGCCCACAUGCGGACAAAAUGUACUUGGAGCGAGGCAAUGACGAUACGCUCCACAUCAAGUACCCGCAUGGACCGUCCGCAGCGGAUAUAAAUCGUCUUCUCAAUGCGACAUCAACAACAACACUGGACAUGACGGUUGGCGGCAAAGGUGCGCACGCCGGUGUCGGUGGCGGCAAGUGGCGCACCGAAGUACAGAUCACUGAAGGUCAACUGGGCGGCGGUGGGCGCGCCGGCGAAUACCAACCUGACCUGCUGCCCGCAUACAGCACCCACAAAGCCGUCAACAAUAGUUGUAGCAACAGUAACAUUAACGGUCAUGCCAACAGUGCGGUCAGCAAUCAGCAGCAAGGACAGCUUUAUAGUCCGAUAAAAGCAACGAGGACAAUAAAUCUGCACGAUGACCAGCAAAUGUCACAGCAGCAACACCAACAACAACAACCCAUUGUGGCCAAGAGUAAAUAUAAUAUCAAUGCGCAAGAGUAUUUGCAGUCCAGGUAUGGUGCCGCCAGCAAGCCGCACGAGAAGACAUUGCGCCGCGGUGACGUGAUUGCGGUGGCGACGACCAGCAUCGCCCUCACCACGACCGGUUCAAUGCCAACGACGACUGUUAGCGCGUCCAGUGGCGUGGCGCCGCAAGCGGAAAGUGGCUUCUCGACGCUACAACGACACAGUAAAUCAGUUGCGCUGCCGCCGCGCACACCCACCGAUACACAUGCUGUGACAGCGGCAGUGUCGAGCAGCAGCACCGGUUAUGGCUACGAGUAUCGACAGCCACCGCCGCCACCUUACAAUUCGGCGCAUCGCACUGCGAGCGGCUUACAGCUGUUACAGCGUCGAACCAGCAUCAACAGUGAGCCGAAUAACGAACAAACGAGCGCGACGAAGGACCUUGGCUAUCGGGAGACAAUAGGCGGCAGUAAUUAUGGUGGUGGGGGCGGUGUUGGUAUGGGCGAUGGCGCACGUCAGACCAUUGUGACAGCAUCCUCAUCACUACAAUUCCUCACGACCACUGGCUACGGGGGCAAUGCGGCGCCCCAACGGCAACUGCUCUGAUUGUCGACGCAGGCGGGUGUGCUGAGGUAGAAUAUCGGGCGGUUGCUCUAAGCGACGCGCACCGUUGUGGUGAUUUGUACAGGCGGUUGCGGACUGGAGAAUGGCAUGAUCUCUUCAAUAAUCAUAGACAAUUUUACAACCGAGUGGGAGCUCAGCCAAAAUGGAUUUCUUAAAGAAAGCUGCUGUGUGUGGUAGAGUUAAUUGGUAAACUCCUUUGUGUGUAAAUAUUGCGACAAUUGUAACGAAAUUGCAAAAGAAGUUCAAGAGAAAGUUGAGUUUUUUGGAUAUUUUAUAUAAUUUUAAAAGGAAAUUUACCCUGCUUUUGGUAAGCCAGCUGAUUUUGGAAGUUGGCUACUAUAACUGGAAUUUGUAUUGCGUAUGGCUAUUGAUCUCAGUUUAAUUGUAAAUGCAGAUAUCAACACUGAGUUUUAAAAUGUUGAAAUUCAAAGAAAUUUAAUUUUGGUUUAUCCUAAGGUAUACAUAUUUUCAAUAUAUUUAAACUCGCAGAUUAUUACUAGGCAACUGAUCUUGAGGAGUUUCUUGUUUCUAACAUUAUUGUAAUCUAUAUUCAAGCCGAUAGCGAUGCAUAAUGAAUGCAUGGUUUACAGUUGUCUUGCUAUUAUACUCACGCUAGUUAAUAAUAAUUGUUUCCAAAUAUUUACUUUAUAUAGUUUAAAUAUCUGAGUAUUAUUAACUUAGUUAUACAGUAUUUGUUCUAUAAUAUCUACACUAUAUAAGUUGAUAAUUAUUAUUAUAUAAAUUAAACAUUUCAGUACUUAAGAAAGCACUUAAGUUUGUUUAUGGUUCUAGUUCGAACUUAUGUUACAUUGCUAUUUUUUAUCUUAUUACUUAGUUAAAUUAGGUAACGCUUAAUGCUAACUAAUAAUGUUUUGGGGAGAUCAUGUUUUAAAGAAAUUAUAGAGAUUUUCAUCAGCAAUUUCACUUGGAGUUAAACAGGGUUUUUCUACAGGAAUGAUAUGAUUUCUAAGUGCCGUUUUGGCUAUUUUUAAUAAAUCAUGAUCUGUAAUUUUUAUUGUAUUCACAACUGGUCUUACAAUUUCAUUAAAAUAAUAAUUCUCCUAUUGCAACUUUUCGUACCCUUUUGCUAUUUUAUGGUCGUUAUUCGUCGAAUUAUUGAAUAUUUUGAGCGAAUAUUUUCUUUACAUAAUGUUCAAGUGCCAAUUCCAAGACGUUUUCAUGUAUUGGAACUGUCUCAAACCACAAGCCUGGCGGAUCUUGAGAAAGUAUUUGGGCUUGCAUCCAUAUAAAAUUGUUCUGACUCACGAACUAAAGUCAUUGGAUCACCCCAAACGUCGCAAUUAGCUAAUUUUGUCUUGGAACAACUUGAAAACGAUAACGAUUUAAAAAAAAAAAACAUCUUUUCCGAUAAAGCUCACUUUCAUCUGAGUGGUGCGGUAAAUAAACGAAACUUUCGAUUCCGGUGCGAAGUAAAUCCACAAAUUAUUUAUGAGCAACUAUUACAUUCAACUAAAUUGACAGUUUAGUGUGGUUUGUGGUCUGCUUGAGUCAUCGGGCCGCACUUCUUUCGAAAUGAAGCUGGUGACUGUCAAUGGAGAGCGGUAAAGAUUGACGAUAGCCAACUUUUUAUGACCGCAAUUGGAAACGGGGCUACGUGCCACACAACACGUGCAAUAACCGAUUUAUUACGAGAAAAGUUUGGGGCUUCGAUUAUUUCAAGAAAUUGUGCCAUUGAAUGGCCUCGAAGAAAUUGUUAUUUAACACCAUUAGACUUCUUCUCGUAUGCUUAUUUGAACCAGACUCUCUUUAAACUUUAGAAGUCAAUAUUGAACGUGCUAUUCUUGACAUACGACCUGAUUUAGUGGAAGAAGUAAUCGAAAAUAGGGUUCAGCAAAAUCAUUCCCGCAAAAGAAAUCGUGGAGGCCAUUUGAAUGUUGUUAUAUACAGAAUUUAAUUGUAAUGAUUGCAUUUCACAUGAAAUAAAAAACAUUUGAAUUUCCUUAAAAAUUAGUGUGUUUUUUAUUUGAAAAGAAAUCAUAUCACUCUUAUAGGAAAACCCUGUACAUAAAUAGGAAAGCUUUAUGUGAGACCAAUACCUCCAUUUCUUUCAAAACAAGUCAUAUCACUUUUAUUGAAAACCCCUGUUCAUUUGUAGGAAAGCUUCAUAUGAAAUCAAUAUGUCUGUUUCUUUGAGAUUUAUUUGACAGGAAACAUUCUCAAAAUGAAGCAUUAUGUAGUACAAUAUGAGAAAAUGCUCGGUUUUUUGUCUGGGCAGAUGCAUGUGCUCCGGUUCGCAGCAUACGACUUUAUACUUCUCAGAGAGCGGAGUAAGCACUAGGAAAAUGUCACUAAUCAUAAAGAGUUGCCGUUAAAGUAUUUUAAGGCAAUGUUAGAGACUGGCUUUCCUAGGUGAAAAUUUUUAAUGUAUUUUAUUUUGCUUAAAUUUUUUAUUCUUUGCGAUUCCUAAACUUCAACGUAAAAUUUAUGUGAAAAUUUCAGCAACAAAUAACCGAAUUCUUUGUAAAAACGAUUGUACUUUUCAUAUAUUAAAAUAUUUCAAAUAAUGUUUGCGCUGUUAUAUGAAAUAUAAUCAGUUGCAGAUUUAGAUAUAUAUGUAUAUUUAUUGAAAUAGAACAAAAUGAAAUAAAAUAGAAAAUGUAUACAGAAAAAAAGGAAUAUAGUUGCAUUAGAGUAAAAUUGUGUAAUGUAAAAUUAUUUGAAUUAUUUGUAAGCGCUACUGGUACUGGUACUGGUAGGGGUGAUUGUAUAAAUAAUAGCAAGUAAUUUUAGACUUAACAAUAUAUACUAUAUAUAUAUAUAUAUGUACAAUAUGCAUACUUAUGUUAUUAUAUUGCAUUCGAGAGCUAAAAUAUGUGAAAAUUCCAUGCAGAAGCAAGUAUUUGUAAAUAUAGACUCGUUUAUGUAAUAUGAAUAUACAAAUUAUAGUAUUACAUAUUUAUGGGCAAAUAGAAGUUAUCGAAAGGAAAAAGCAAAAAUUUGCAACAAUACAUAUUUAUGCAUAUUUAUUUUAAUUAAUAUUGAAAUAUUUUUCCAAAAAUAAUAUACGUCUGUGUAUACAAAUAGCAUAUAGUGGCUCCAAGAGCUUCUAAUUUCUAACACCGGGUGAGUCAUAGAAAAAUAAUUUUGUUUUUGUAUGUCGGUGAUUUUUUUUUUUUUGGGAAAGCAAAAAUGUUUUUAUUUCACGUGUAUGUCAAGUAUGCAACUUCUUCGGCUUACGAACUCCCUCUAACUCAGUUUUCAAUGCUCAAUACUGGCCUAAAUAUACCAAAUAAAUUAAAAAUAAUAAAUUCUCUGAAUAAUCUAGCUUCUUCAAAAUAAAAGCACUACGCUAACGUUAUCAAAGUGUUAAACUAUCAUAAGGGAGAGGCCGGCCUUAUAAUGCAGUCCAUGCAAUUAGUAUAAUGUACAAGCUAAGAAUCUCUUCUAUUAAUUUUUAUACUUCAUAUUGUCACCUAAAAUCCAAAACAACGUAUCACAAAAAAAUAAACUGAAAAUCGUAGUCAGAUAUAUAAUAAUAUCCGAUAUAUAACCAUUUUCUAACAAAAAAUCUAAUAUUCUUUCAAUAUGAGUGUAUGGUAACCAAUAUAUAACCAUUUUAUAACCAAAACUCAAAUUUUUUUUUCAAUAUUAGUGGUUUCUAUUAUAUCGUUUUUCCUCCGCCUGUAAACUUAUGAAAAGUGAUGCUACGUUAUCAAACAAAAAAGAAACAAUUAUUCCGUCGAAAUUCGCUCCAAAGCUCGUUUAUCGACGAUCACGUCUAGCCUUGUCGACUCCGCAUUUUCGUUUCAAGAUAAGAAGAUAUCGUAAUUCGAAUAAUCUUGCAAAAUAUCCUCACAUUUUUUAGUCGCAGGAACAAUGUAAUUUUACUCUAAUGGCUCACCCCUAAAAACCUAUGAAAGUAUAUUUUAAUAACAGCAAAAGCAAUAUUUUAUUUAAAGCAUUCUGAAAGCCUUCUUUUAAUUACUUUUAAUCCCGCACGUUAGCCACACAACCUGUAAUUGAAUUUUGCGAAUUCUAAAUUUGCAAACGGGCACUAGAAGUAAUGCAUUAGCAAUUACUAAUUACUUCAAAAGACUUAACGAAAAUUAGAUACUAACACUAGGGCAAGUAUGUAUAUAAGCAACAAGUGCUUAUGUAAUAUAUGUAUGUAUUUAUAACACAUAUUAAUGUACACAUAUGUUAAAGUAAUGUAAUUAUGAAACAUACUUCUAUAUAUUCGUAACAAAAGUCUAGUAACUAAGUUUUGUAACUAUAGACGGUAAAUUAAUGAAAUUGGAUUUAUUUAGAGACUAUACGAAAACUCAACCAGAAAUCAAUAAUUAAGACAUAAUUGAGCUAAUUAAAUGAUAAUUUUAUGUUAUAAAUGAAAUUUAGGUGAAACAAAUAAUUGUAAUUAAAAAAAAAAAAACAAUAAAAAAUGAAAGAAACUAUGGCAAGAAAGUGAAAUAAUGCAUUGUCAAAGAUCAAGCAACAUUUUGAUGGAAGGUUGCGAAACCAUUUGGAAUGUGUAAGUGAUGUGCAUUGAAAUUGAUUGUCGAAUAAAUAAUAUAUUUUCCUCGAAUAAUGAA